AAGGCAUUCCGACUGGCUUUGAUCCAACUCAAAGUGACUAGUGACAAACAUCUCAACCUUUCCAAUGCAAAGUCCAUGGUACUCAAAGCUUCAGCUGCUGGUGCCAAUAUCAUUGUUCUUCCAGAAUGCUUCAACUCCCCUUAUGGCACAUCUUAUUUUCCAACCUACGCCGAACCAGCUACAAAGGAAUCGCCAACCUUUGCGGCGUUAUCGAAUAUGGCUCAGCAGGCAGGUGUGUACCUUGUGGGUGGAUCGUUUCCCGAGUCAUCUAGUGGCAAUCUGUACAACACUUGUACAGUCUGGUCUCCUUCGGGCUCGCUCAUCCAAACCCAUCGCAAAGCGCAUCUUUUUGACAUUGAUAUCCCUGGCGGUCAAAAGUUUAAGGAAUCGGAUGUUCUGACUGCUGGUGAUGGGUUGAGUAUGGUUGACACCGAAUAUGGCAAGAUUGGUGUAGGCAUUUGUUAUGAUAUUCGGUUUCCAGAAAUGGCAAUGAUGGCUGCUAGAAAGGGUUGCAUGGCUAUGGUUUACCCAGGAGCCUUCAAUAUGACCACAGGCCCUCUUCAUUGGGAAUUGCUACAGAGAUCUAGGGCUUUGGAUAACCAGAUCUAUGUAGCUGCAUGCUCUCCGGCUCGAGAUGAAACUGCUUCUUAUAUUGCAUGGGGACACUCUACAGUGGUCGAUCCCAUGGGUGCAGUCAUUGCCACCACAGACGAGACAGAGUCUAUCGUGUAUGCAGACAUUGAUCCAAAAAAGGUUGAGCAGACUCGACAAGCCAUUCCCGUAUACUCUCAGCGCAGGUUUGAUUUAUAUCCAGAUGUGUCU